ACUGGGUGCUUCAAGUUAGUUUCACCAUUUCACUCAGCGUUGGAAGAGUAUACUGUCACAGAAAUGGUUAUUGCAAGCUUGAUUGCUUUAGUGUCGUUUUUAAAUAGUUUCGCAUUCAGUUGGGAUCUUUCUCCUAUCGGAUUGUCUGAGUUUACCGUCAGACAAGUUUCUCUCUACAAAUCUCGUGCCUUCCUAACGAUCAAUAGCCCCAAUGUCACACUUGUGGAAGCUUCGUGGCCGGAGAACAAGAUAGGCGUGCGACCACGAAUACUCUCUGAUGGGUUCAAUCCGUUGAACAAUUCCUGUGAUGGUCUGGCGAAUAUUAUUGGAACCGAUAUCGAUCGAGUUGCGCGACUUUGGAUUCUCGACCGGGGUAAUACUGUUCCUUUCUGCAGUCCAAAGUUAGUUAUACGCAGUCUGAUUAUCGCAACUAGUCGAGAAAUUCGCUACGAUUUUGGUUCUUCCGAUCGUGUGUUCCAUUCGAUUGUGGUUGAUCCGAUGCAAGCGUCAGAUGGCGAUACACGUGCUUUCAUCACGUUCGAAAAUACUGAUUAUCUUUUGAUGUUUUCGCUAUUCAAACGUGAAGUAGGCAGAAUGAAGUUUGAAAAACGAGACUUCUCCCCACUGAGCCCAAUUUCGUUAUCAGAGGUGGCGAUUAAUCACAACGUGUUGUACAUCUCGGAUGGACUAAGUGGACGGUUGUUUUCUCUGCCAAUCAAGAGCAUUCGUCAGCUAAGCUUUCCCGAAGGUGGAGUACAGAAAAUGACUACGAAAGCUAAUGUAACGUACAUGGGGCGGCUAUUGGGUCGGGCCACUGGAUUGAAGCUCGACCUGAAGGAUAACUUAUACUACAUUAUCGCUCGUGAUGGAGCAGUCGUAAAGUGCAAACCGGACCAAUCACUCAGAGCCGAAAAUCAUGCAGUGAUUCUUCAACGUGAAAUAGACGUAGUUCAAAUUGUGCUAGGUGUUGCUGGCAAGGGCUGGGUGAUCGCCAGCCAUUUUUUGUCUAAUGACACUCAACGGCAUUGUUUAAGAAUAAACAUAUAAAUGAGUACCUAAUAAGUUAUUAUUGCUUCGGCUUAUAUUUUUUAUGAGUA